GACUCAAAAGAUACAGCCUGACGCCAUGCGGAGCCUCGAGGCUGAAUAUACAUCGCUGGCAAUUUUUCUCAUGGUCCGCCCAGGUGCCAGGCAGGGUAUGGAAGGUGAAUGAACACGGAUUUUCAUCGAAUGGAAGUAUACAAUUCAAGCCACCUCGCCUCAUUCUCUCUUGCUCUGGGACAUAGACAGAUGCCACACCACCAAAGUCUGCGAUGCAAGGCUUUGAGGCGUCAGGCAGUUUGUGUACCAUGACGAAGCAAGGAAUCGCGUCCCGCGCCACCUGAGGAUUUGUGCGCCGGGAUCACUUUAGAGUAUUGACUACUGUGACCCUUAAAGUCGAUUAUAUGACCCAGCCGUUCCUUCCCGAUUAGGACGUGUCAAAACCCGUGGAACAUUUCCGAGAUGGUCAAUACCGCUGGACGUUGCGAUCCUCCUCUUAGUUUUGGAAUCGAGAUUGAAGCGGUAGUUCAGCCAAGAAAAUAUCGCUCACAUGACGUUCAGCAUUACGAGGCGCUUGCUCGGAGGCUCGCCGGAUGUUACGAUAUCAGAGCCGAUUGGAAUAGAGGAAACAGGAGAAAGGGCACCAACUACAACGUUUGGUACAUUACAAGAGAUGGAUCUCUAAAAGCAGAGGAUCACGAGGUUGCGCUUGAGGCUGUGUCGCGUAAAUUCGAAGUAUCAUCGUGCUGGGAGGUGGAAAUUGACGCAUUCUGGACAGCGAUGGAGGAUCUUUUCUGGCUUAGCUCUGACCUAACGGACUCGAACCUGUCGUGUGGAAGUCAUAUACAUGUUGCUCCCUCGACCCGGAGCUUCACGUUGGGGGAGCUCAAGCAAAUCGCCCUUGCCACGAUCAUUCAUGAGGAUCAUAUUCUCACUAUUCUUCCUGAAUUUCGAAGGAACAACAAAUACUGUAUUCCAAACAGCUCUGUGAAGGACACCCAGCUAUGGAAUGACUUCGGCUGGCUGAAGAACGAGGAAGGAUUGAUUGAGUGCCGCAGGCGAAUCCGUAGCUUCAGAUCGACGGCGGAGUUGGUAAAGUAUAUGCAGGGCGAGGAGCGAAAAGUUCUUUGGAAUUUUAAUAACACACUCCAUAAUGGUUCGGGAACCGUAGAGUUUCGAGGCGGGAGAUUUUUGUCGGAUGCGGAAUCAACUAAGAGCUGGGCCACUUUCGCCUUCCUGUUUAUUGAUCGGGCUCUUCGGUCUAAUUAUCUAUACGUGGACUAUGGGUUGGCAUGGGUGCCGCAUUGGCGAGACGAAACGGAGUUUCGUGCAGAGAGGGAUGACCUGUGGGAUGAUCUGAUAUCUAUGGCUAAUAAUCAGCAUAUGUCAUGCAAUUUGCCUGCUACUGUGCACCGUAUGAGCGAAGAAGAGUCUGACGAAGAAGACUCUAGUGAAGAAGCUGAAGGAUCGGGCGAAUACGAGGACUCCGACGAAGACUCUGACGAAGAAUACGACGAUUUCGAAGAUUCCGAAGAUGAGGAAGAGGAAGAUCAGUACUACGUAUAUUGAACGGAUUCAUUGUUUCAUUAAAGAGCAUCGUUAUAAUAUCAAUACAAGAAAAUGGUCUAUAUGAGGUUGGAUGGUCCUGGAGCAGGGAGGGGGAUGAAGGACCGAAAAUCUGGAGCGCUAGUACUUUUCGG